AUGCACUUCUUCAGGCUGUCAAUGGACAUCAACAAAAGGGUGUACAAUCAUCGACCAGGCGCAUGCAGAAAGGUUGAAGGAAUCCAGUACGGAGCAGAAGAUAUUGCACUGCUGGAAGAUGAGGGCAUCGCAAUAGUCACGUCUGGUAUCGUCUACAUGGAACCGCGUAAAAAGGAAGUAAAAGGACAACUGUUUCUCUACGAUUUCCGUCAGAAUGGCACGUGGAGGGCUGUUCCGAUGAAGAUCAAUGGAAAGUACGACCAGGAGAAUUUCCAUCCCCACGGCAUAUCUCAUGUUAUUACGCCCAGUGGAGCUCGGUUCUUCGUGAUCGUUCAUUCGAAAAAAUUCGAACACUCGGUGAUGAUAUUGGACUGGAAUAGAAAAAAUUGGCUUGAGCUGGAUCUUGUUCGGAUCAUCAAAGACGAAAAAUUCAUCAGGCCGAAUGACCUGGUGGCGAUCGAUGAGAACUCGUUUAUACUUACCAACGACGGGUAUGCUCAAACAUCGUUUUUCAAUAUACUGGAAUUAAUUUCAUCUUAUCCAAGUGGAAGUGUUGUGUACUACGACGGAAAGGCCAGUUCCUACAUGAUUUCGAGAACAGUUUCACCGAAUGGUAUCAUCCUCAACAAGGAACGCACUCAUGUCAUCAUCUCCCACGUCAACAGCGAAACCAUCUCCGUCUACAAACUUACCAAAGAUAAUCACUCGUUGUCACGUGUGGUUGAUGUACCGAUUUUGACGACGGCUGACAAUUUCUGUGUUGACAAAUCAGGCGCCAUUUGGACAGGUGCUCAUCCCGUAUUGAAGGAUGCAUUUUCACUGUUGUCAAACUUCGAUGACGUCAACGCUAAAGCACCGUCACAGGAUGAUUAG